GCUGUGAGCAGCCACAGUGCCCUGCUCAGAAGCCCCAAGCUCGUCAGUCAAGCCGCUUCUCCAUUUGCACUCAGGAGCACGGGCAGGCGAGUGGCCCCUAGUUCUGGGAGCAGAGCAGCAGCGUCCCAGUCCUAGUUCCCAGCCUAAAGCCUCACUUGCCUGCCCAGUGCCAGGAUGGCCACCAUUACCUGCACCCGAUUCACAGAAGAGUACCAGCUCUUUGAGGAACUAGGAAAGGGAGCUUUCUCCGUGGUGCGCAGGUGUGUGAAGGUGCUGGCUGGCCAGGAGUAUGCUGCCAAGAUCAUCAACACCAAGAAGCUCUCAGCCCGAGAUCACCAGAAGCUGGAGCGUGAGGCCCGCAUCUGCCGCUUGUUGAAGCACCCCAAUAUCGUCCGACUCCAUGACAGCAUCUCCGAGGAGGGACAUCACUACCUUAUCUUCGAUCUGGUCACUGGUGGGGAGCUGUUUGAAGAUAUCGUGGCCCGGGAGUAUUACAGCGAGGCCGAUGCCAGUCACUGCAUCCAGCAGAUCCUGGAGGCUGUGCUGCAUUGUCACCAGAUGGGAGUGGUGCACCGAGACUUGAAGCCUGAGAACCUGUUGCUGGCCUCGAAGCUCAAGGGUGCUGCAGUGAAGCUGGCAGACUUCGGCCUGGCCAUAGAGGUUGAGGGGGAGCAGCAGGCAUGGUUUGGGUUCGCAGGGACACCUGGAUACCUCUCCCCAGAAGUGCUGCGGAAGGACCCGUACGGGAAGCCCGUGGACCUGUGGGCCUGCGGUGAGUCCAUCCAAAGGCCUGAUUGUCACCCGGACCCAGAGGUCCCUCUCCACUUCCCCUCACUCUCCCGUUUCACCGUUCCUCUCCUGCUUCUCUCCCCAGGGGUCAUCCUGUACAUCUUGCUGGUUGGGUACCCCCCAUUCUGGGACGAGGACCAGCACCGCCUGUACCAGCAGAUCAAGGCUGGCGCCUAUGAUUUCCCAUCGCCAGAAUGGGACACCGUCACCCCUGAAGCCAAGGAUCUCAUCAAUAAGAUGCUGACCAUCAACCCAUCUAAACGCAUCACAGCCGCUGAGGCUCUCAAGCACCCCUGGAUCUCGCACCGCUCCACUGUGGCCUCCUGCAUGCACAGACAGGAGACCGUGGAUUGCCUGAAGAAGUUCAAUGCCAGAAGGAAACUGAAGGGAGCCAUCCUCACCACUAUGCUGGCCACCAGGAACUUCUCUGGAGGGAAGAGUGGAGGAAACAAGAAGAACGAUGGUGUGAAGAAAAGAAAGUCCAGUUCCAGCGUUCAGUUAAUGGAAUCUUCCGAGAGCACCAAUACCACCAUCGAGGAUGAAGACACCAAAGUGCGCAAGCAGGAAAUUAUAAAAGUGACAGAACAGCUGAUUGAAGCCAUAAGCAAUGGAGAUUUUGAGUCCUACACGAAAAUGUGUGAUCCCGGAAUGACAGCCUUCGAACCUGAGGCCCUGGGGAACCUGGUCGAGGGCCUGGACUUUCAUCGAUUCUAUUUUGAAAACCUGUGGUCCCGGAACAGCAAACCCGUGCACACCACCAUCCUGAACCCCCACAUCCACCUGAUGGGCGACGAGUCAGCGUGCAUCGCCUACAUCCGCAUCACGCAGUACCUGGAUGCGGGUGGCAUCCCCCGCACAGCCCAGUCAGAGGAGACCCGUGUCUGGCACCGCAGGGAUGGCAAAUGGCAGAUUGUCCACUUCCACAGAUCAGGGGCACCCUCCGUCCUACCCCAUUGAAGGACCGUGCCGGGGUCCCUGCGUUGUUGCACCGCAGAGAUCCACUCUUUGUCCGUGGAACGUGGCUGCUGGCUCUCUCUUGGAUUUUGUUGGAAUUCUCCCUGUCACAGCGCCCUCCUGUCAUUGUCACCUCUGUACCGGCAUCACGAAAAAAGCCAUUGCAACAUCAAAGCAAAUGGCCCGCUCUUCCCAGCUCUCGCCCGCACCCUCUUCCUGCCAGUGCGGACCUUCUUCAGGCUUCGGUACCCAGGAUGCGGGCCCCAGGAACCCCCACACUCUCCAACUACUGUUGUUGGCCUGGCCUAGCUUUGACUGUAGGUGAGGAGGCCCCAGCUAUGUGUUUACCAGGAAGCCAGGAAGAGGAGGGCAAGUGUGACACGGGUCCCCCUCUUCGAUCUCUCCUCUUCUGGGGUCCCCAGAGAAGCAGAGAUGAGCCCCCUCAAUCUCCAAGCCAACUGUUUCUGGGAGAGAGUAAGAGAGGAGCCAAUGCCAGGAGCUCCUGCUUUCAACUGCCGCUCUCAUCUGCUUCCCUCCUAUGCUGGCCCUGUGCUCAUCAGACCAUCCACUAUGGGGAAGGGGGUGGGCUCUACCCUUCAGGCACCCCACUCGCUGCCUCAGUCCUUCUGCAAAGUUUGCCUCCAGUGUUAACCUGCCCAAUCUGCCCUCCAACGUCCACGGAGAAUUCCAGCCUCUUCCGUCUGAGAGGAGAUCGGAUGGUGUUUCGGGGCAAAGCAAACAACACUUAGGUAUCAUCUUCUACUUGGACGCAUGCCUUUUUACAGCCAAACUUCUGUGUAUUUCGUAACUGGAUUUUGCGUUAACGGAUAUGUAUGUGUGACUAGACCUCAAGAAGAGUUGGAUCGGGUCGGGAAGUGGGAAGAGGGGUGAGGGGAAUUUUUCACUCUGUUCCAGAUUUUUUUGGGGGGUUCCUUUCUGAGGUGGCCUCACCCCCCAGGGAACACAGCUGCCUUCCAUUCUGGUCCCUACAGUCAGCUGACAAGAUUUCUUCCAGGGCCAGCAUGACUAAUAUACAAUGAGUAAGUCAGGGCCGGGAAGGCCACCAGGAUGAGAAGCUCCAGAUUUGACAUCUCUGUGACUGGAGUACUCACUACUGUACUUCCCAAGACUUCUUUCCCUAUAUCUUUGUGCCACCUCCCCAUCCCACCCCCCACUACCUCCUGAGCACGUAUCCUCAUUGCUUCUCUUAACUUGGACAAAACAGAGCACCAGAAACUUAUUUUCCUACUUCAUGCUGAACUUGGGCUGGCGAGCACUCUAGUGUGCUUGCCUGCCUGCCCCCCCUCCUGCCCUUCCCUCCCUCCCUCUUCUCUCUCCCUCCCUUUCUCUUUCUCUUCCCCUCUCUCCCUCUUCUUGGCUCUGAUCUGGAAUGCUGUGUCUCAUCCACGGGGAUCGCCUGUCUGCACUGUUUUCUUUGCAUGACUUUAUAUGCAGUAAGUAUGUUGAAAAAAAAAACAAAAACAAAAAAGAAGAAAACACUCAGCAAAAAUCAAA